GAAACCACGGCGAUACUUUCUUCCCGGCUUGGUAGUCUGCAUCUUCCUUCGUCUCGAGAUAUUUCACCGGGUGACUCUUGAUCUACAGUGUUCAAGGCCGGGUAUCGAGCCAGGCCUUCCUCCCUUUACUGAUUCUCUUGUACGAACUUCUGCCCGGCCGCAGGGUGCGGGUCGGCGCCAAUGAUGACGACGAAAAGGACGAUGACGAUCCCGGAAUGACCGUCUUCGACGCGCUGGGGCGCUGGUUCGGCGAGUCCAAAGCGUCGCUGUCGGUUGGCCUCCUGAUGCUCACCUUGGGUACCUACCUUGCAUCAUCCAACGACCCCAGAUCGACUUACUUCUGUUCAAGCAAUGACUGGCCAACCCUUAUUGCCCUACUUCAAUGGGCCGGCCUUCUCCUCGAUGCAACCAUCGUCAUUGCCGUGUGGCGGAUCCUUGCCUGGGCGAGAACAACGAAAAACCGCUUGAGAACUCUGAGUGGCAUUCUCGUCGUCGCUUUUCUUGGCACUGGCCUGUUCUACUGGCUUUCCCGUCUGCUCUUCUCUACCAGGCCAGUGAGCUACCACUUUCAAAGCCUUGAUUCGCUCUAUCUUUUCGAUGUCAUCGUCGAUGGCCUCGCCUUUUCCGUCUUCCUCGUGUCGACUAGCCUACUUGCCCCCGAUGAAAGCCCUCUGUCGCUAUCCGGCAUUGUCGCUUUUCUCUCUGGGCUUUCGGAAGCUGUCCAGAAGACCGCCUUGACAGGAACGUGGGAAAACACCUCGCCCGCCACCACUUACUUUGCCCUCAUUCUCGUCUGCGUCGGCUUCUCUCAUUUUCUUUACGCGAACAACAUCCAGCCUGUCGUCUUUGCUCACAGGGCUUUUGUUGUCUUUCUUCUCGUCCUCGUCACCAUUGUGGGGACGAUUUACACGCCCAUCAAGGCGCUACAGGUUAUCGACCAGCAUCCGUUGGUCAAGAUCAUCUACGAUGCUCGCAUUGAGGCCGACCGGUGGCUGGUUCAUGCAACCGUCAGCGACUCGUUGUCGGUUGCGGUUCAAGAAUACAGAGAGCGCCACAAUGGCAGGGAGCCGCCGCCCAAGUUUGACGUUUGGUAUCACUUCGCCAAGGAGCGCGGCUCAGUUCUCCUCGACGAUUUCCCGCAGAUCCAGAACGAUCUCCUCCCAUUCUGGGGAGUCUCACCGUCCAAGAUUAGAGAAGAUGUCCGCCGUGCUGCUGCCGAGCCCAACAUGGCUCUACUUCAGAUUCGAGGUGGCAAGUCUGAGCAUACUCUCCCUUCCGCAAGCCCACACAGUGCCGUCAUGGAUGGUUUAGUCGAUCUAGUCAAGGGUUUCGCAGAACAUCUUCCUGGUAUGGAACUGGCUAUCAACCUGGAAGAGCGGCCCCGGGUGCUCGCUCCAUGGGAUGACAUCCAAAGAUUCGCAACGACGGCAAACAGAAAGCGCGUCAGCAAACUGUUGCCCCGCACCUCAGACCUGCUCAGUGAGUUGCCUGUGGCUCAGUCUACAGCUAACGACAAACUGCAAGCUCCAGAUAAUUUUACGCCGGUGAGAGCGGUCCAUGAAAUGACGGCUCUGGCGUGCCCGCCGGGGACGAGGUCACGGGCAGGGACCCAUUGGAAUAUCCGGGACCUUUGCGCUUCCUGUACCAGACCACAAUCCCAAGGUCAGUUCCUGGUCAACUGGCGUCUCUCCCAGGAGAUCUGCCACCAAUCGGACCUACUUCGCUUGCACAGUCUCCAUAUGACUCCCGCGGAACGGCGGCCUCUGCAGGAGCUACUCCCCGUCUUCAGCAGAGCCAAGACGGACAGUUACAGCGACAUCCUCAUCCCGCUGCCGCGGGUCGCUGAGACAGCCGACUCAAACACGGAAGGCUUCGACAUGAAGCUCAAGAAACUGUUCUGGCGCGGUAAAGUCGACCGCCUCGGAACCAGCCAUGAGCUCGUCCGCGGUGGCCACCAAGAGCGGCUCGUCCACUCACUCAACACGGCUGCGCGCUCGGAUAAGACCACGCUUUUGCUGCCAGACAAGAAGAACAGAUAUGCAUUCGAGCAGGUACCGACGGCCGAUCUCAACGAGCUUCUGCCCAUAGACGUGGCAUUCUCCGACUAUACAGCUUGCGAACCUGGCGGCAGCAGCAUAUGCGAAGCUGUCGACGCCGACUUCUCCAAGAACGCCAGCGACGAAAAUGCCCUGAGGAGCCAGUACGUCAUGGUUGUGGAUGCGGACAACGGCCCGCCGCUCGAGUUACUGCCCACUCUGCGGUCGAGCAGCGUCCCAUUCUACGCCUCCAUCUUCAGGGAGUGGUACAGCGACCGGCUGAUGCCGUGGGUCCACUUUGUCCCCGUCGACCUGCGCUAUCAUGCGCUGCAUAGCACGCUGGCGUACUUUGUCGGCAUACAGACCAAGGAUGGCCGCAGGCUGAACGGGAAGGGUGUGGAGAUGAAGGGGCGGCACAAAGACGGGAAGUGGAUCGCCGAGCAGGGGAAACGCUGGGCUGGGAAAGUGGUGCGGAGGGAGGAUAUGGAGGUGUAUUUGUUUCGGCUUCUGCUGGAGUGGGGAAGGGUCAUUGAUGAUAACAGGGACGAGCUUGGUUUUGUACUUGUAUAGAGGUUGGGGCUAUCUUGUUAAUUUCUGUUUACUAUUCAGCAACGGCUCUCAUGGUGCUGGCGUUCUGGUGCAUGUAGAUGUACAAUACAUACUACUAGCCCUUAUAGUACUUCCUUCAGAAAUGGAUGCUCCCCGUAGCCCAUAGCCUUGAUCUGUAUCUGCAUGCUCUCCAACACCCGCGCCUUGACGUUCUCGUCCUUGAUGUCCCAUCCGGGGAACAGUCCAUGGGC